UGAACCUUUCUUGUCUCUGCCCUGCCCGCCCAGCCGUACCUCGGUGUUCGCUCCGCCCUCCGCCGGGCAGGCGGGACGCGCGCACCUCCCGCCCCGGUACGGAGAAAGCCGCGGAGGACGAUGCCCCUGCCGCGCCCCGCGCCUCCGCGCCGUGUCCCCGCCGGGCGGCCGCGCCCCGCGCCGCUGCGCCGCUGCUGAGCCCAGGGACCGAGAGCUGCUCGCCGCCGGCCCGGCCACCAUGGCGUCCGGCUGCCCGCCGCCGUUCGGCGACCCGGGGGAGAUGCGGGAGGGGUUCCUGUGCCCUCUCUGCUUGAAGGACCUCCAGUCGUUCUACCAGCUGCAGACACACUACGAGGAGGAGCACUCCGGCGAGGACAGGGACGUCAGGGGCCAGCUCAAAAACCUGGUCCAGAAGGCCAAAAGAGCAAAGAAGAAAUUGCUGAAACGAGACGGAGAUGACAGAACUGAUUCUGGAUCUCAGGAGCGAUACGAGUCCUUCAGCUACGGCGGGGUAGAUCCUUACAUGUGGGAGCCCCAGGAAGUAGGGGCUAUGAGAAGCCAUCUUUCUGAUUUCAAGAAGCACCGAGCAGCCAGGAUUGACCACUAUGUAGUUGAAGUCAAUAAACUGAUCAUCAGGUUAGAAAAGCUUACAUCGUUCGACAGAGCAAACACCGAGUCGGCUAAAAUAAGAGCUAUAGAGAAGUCUGUUGUGCCUUGGGUCAGCGAUCAGGAUGUCCCCUUCUGCCCGGACUGUGGCAGUAAGUUCAGCAUUCGGAACAGACGUCACCACUGCCGCCUCUGCGGCUCCAUCAUGUGCAAGAAGUGCAUGGAACUCGUCAGCCUUCCCUUGGCAAGCAAGCUCACCAGUGCCAGCAAAGAGGCCUUGGGCUCUCACAGCAGCCCUAGCUCCUCACCUAAUAGUGUCCAUGGCUCGCGCCGGGGCAGUAUCAGCAGCAUCAGCAGCGUGAGCUCGGUGCUGGAUGAGAAGGACGAUGAGCGAAUCCGUUGCUGUCGGCACUGCAAAGACACCCUGCUGAAAAGAGAGCAACAGAUUGAUGAGAAGGAAUGCACCCCAGAGAUUGUGAAACUCUACGAGAAACUCCGGCUCUGCAUGGAAAAGGUUGAUCAGAAGGCACCAGAAUACAUCAGGAUGGCAGAGUCUCUGAAUGCUGGGGAGACCACCUACAGUCUGGAACAUGCUAAUGACUUGAGAGUGGAGAUUCAGAAAGUCUAUGAAUUGAUAGAUGCCUUAAGUAAGAAGAUUUUGAGUCUAGGCUUGCAUGAAGAUCCUCAACCCCAUCCUAAAACACUACAGCUUCAGAGAAUGAUAAGAUACUCAGCUACACUUUUUGUUCAGGAAAAACUGUUUGGCCUGAUGUCCCUGCCAACCAAAGACCAGUAUGAAGAACUGAAGAAGAGAAGACUGCAAAUGGUGGCUCUGGAAACACAUGGAAAACAAGAGGAAAAACAGAAAGACUUUAUCUCCAGAUCUGCAGCUGCAAUUAAUGGUGAUGCAGCUCACCUGAAAAAGGGGACAGUCAAGAAGUCUGAAGGCUGGUUACCCACCUCUAGCAUCUCGAGGGAGAGUGAGAUAGCAGACCCACUUCUUCAGCAGAUUGACAACAUCACCUCCUUCAUUAAGCAGGCCAAGGCAGCUGAUAGGAUAGAUGAGGUCCACAUGCUGCAAGAGAACCUGAGGCAGCUUCAGGAUGAAUAUGAUCAACAGCAGACUCUUAAAGCUAUUGAGCUUUCUAAAAAGCAGGCAGAGGAGGAAGAGAUGCAGCGGGAGGAACUUCAGGUCCUUCGUGAAAAGGAGUGGGAAAGAGAACAUCUCAAAAUCAUGUCUCAGCAUUCAAGGACACACUCCUUAGACUUCAGAGAAGCCAGGCAGCACCAGCAUGAAGCUGUAAAAGAGGAUCAAAAUUUGACAGCACAUGCAUUGGAUCUGGAUGUUGCUCAGAUCAAGGGAGACCCAAGCUUUGAAUCUCCUGCUGUUGAGCAGCUGCCAGCUAAGGAGCACUUGGUCUUCACAUUCAAACCCCAGAGCAUACUACAGUGUGACAAAGACCAAGGUCAGCCAGCCUGUCUAAACCCUUUUGAAGAGGAAGCAGAUACCCCUCAGUCAGAGGAGGAUUCUAACCCAUUUGCCAAAGACACUGCUCCAGUGGCUUCUUUGUCUAGCACAGCUUUGCAAAGUGAUAAAAAAGAAUAUAAUCCAUUUGAAAAUGAUGAGGAAGAUGAGCAAAUGAGUGGAGCACCUGGCAGUUCUUUGAACCCUUUUGAAGAGGAUGAAAGUCCAUCUCAAGAGCCUGGGGGCAGCUGGAAUUCUGGGAAUCCAUUUGAAGAGGGAUCUUCAACCAAUCCCUUUGAAGUGGAGGAUGGCAGUGAGAUCUCUGGAGAGGAGCCCAUAGAGGAAGAGUUGCUUCUCCAGCAGAUAGAUAACAUCAAAGCUUACAUAUUUGAUGCCAAACAUAGUGGCCGAAUGGAUGAGGUGGAGGUGCUGACAGAGAACUUGAAGGAGCUGAAGCGCACGCUGGUGAAGCAGAAGGAGAAAUCCAGCUGCUGAAGCAGCUGGACAGUCUGAUGGUUUUACAUCUGCUGUUAAACGUGGGGAAGUAGAGCGGAUCGUGACAGACAGUACAGAUGGCAAGAGGGAGUUGAAAGAGUCUUGACUUAUAUGCACUUUCAGUUAGGCAUUUCCACUACUGCUCAGACCUGGAGAGUUACCGAAGUAUGCUGCUGGCAUCACACCUCAGUGCUGCUCACAAGUGUCUGAUGCUGACUGCUCCUUGGUCUGUGCUCAGUCUGGUCAGAGUGGCUGACAGGGGACUGUGAUUUGGAAAUGGGUGCAGCGUUGGUUUGUCAUCUUUCCCCUUUUCUGUUGUACUGGCCUUUUAAGUGGGGCUUUGACUGAAGUCCUCUGACAAGGACCCAGGGCUGCAGGCCAGCUGCACUGCCCAAGGGCAUUACAUAAAAGUGCUGUUGGAAGGCUGCUGUGGUGCUCUGAGGUGCAGAACUUACAGGCUAGCAGGUCAAUUUUGUGCAAUGGUAACACAUAAAAGGGAUUUUAAGACUGAGAACUUUAUAACUGAUAAUAGUAUCAGUAACUUUUUAAUGUGCUUAUAAAAAUUUCCCUAGCAAAUUUUGCAUGCUGUCUGUUCAUCACUUUUGGUUUCCUACUUGCUCUGAGUACAGCCUUGCUGUGUCACACAGAGCCAGGCUGGCCUCAGACCUGCUUAUGAGGGAACAAAUGUCAGCCUAUUUCCAGGGAAACAGGGCUAGCACCUUUUGGAAUCUACACAUUCCUUUAAUGACAGAAUGAUCAUGUUUGUCGCAUUUGUGAAACUGGAACCCUUCUUUUGUAGCAUUCAAGGAACAAAAAAAAUCUUGUUUACAAUGGAGAGCUGAAGUGCCACUGAACUGGAAUUGUGUUACAGCUUGGAGACCUCUCUCAUAUUUGACUCUGCUCAGCAGUGAUGGCAGCCAGGCAUGUCUGUCUUAAAUAAGAGGCUCCAAGUGGCAGUCAUCUUGUGAUCCUGUGGCUUUGCUAGGUGAGGGCCAGCAGCUGUGAUGCAGGAAGGCUGAGCUUGGCUUAUGAAGGCUGCUACAGAAAUUUGGAAUCACCUUGGGUUCUCUCCGAGAAGAUGAAGCCUCAGCUGCUUUGAGAGGCAAAGGUUUGAAAGGUGGUGGGGCUAACAGGUGUUUACACUGGAACAGAGGAAGGUCAGGCAGAUGACCCUGCACAGCACUGGGCUUACAGGAAGUCUGAUCAUGGUGGAACAGGGCAUGGUGUGUUAGCAUAGCUGCAAGCUAGGCUUGUGUGGUCCUGUAGAGACACAAUCACACCACCUACAGAGCAGGGACUCUGGAUUUAUUUUGCUGUAAGUGAAGGUAGGGACUUGUGGAGCUGGUGUUUAAAAAACCCCACCACCUCUAUCCUCCCUGAGGACAGCUGAUAUCCUCACGGUGGUCCAGAGCUGGAGGUGUGCAGAAGACACUGUCUCAAGAUCAGGAAGCUUUUAUAUGGAGAUGAUUUUAUUUGAGACCCUCAGUGUUCCACCAAGUAGAAAGGAGCAGAGAAUUCUGAAAGGUCAACAAGAUGUGCACUGGGGCAGGAAACCCCCCAAAGGCUGAGGUGGAUGCAUGUCAGGGAUGGU